AUGGCCUCGCCAACACAGUCCACCUGUCAUAUCUGCUUUCGCUCUUUACUUCCACGACCGCAGUCGGCAAACACGACGACAACGACGCACUAGACGACAUUCUCGCUGCUUUUCUGCUCCUGCUCAUUCUAAUCUUACGCUUUGUUCUGGUAAUCGCUCUGCUUUCCUGUCAUUAUGCCUCCCAAAACUGGACCGACAUUGUUUCUCGGUUUGGAGCUGGCCACCGACCAGCUGCGCUCGUCGAUCGUGGAUGAAAACCUGGAGUUGGUGGGUGUCGAGGCAGUGGAUUUUGAUUCCGAGCUUCCCGAGUACCAGACGCAAGGAGGCAUCUUCACUACUCCAGGAGAAGCCUACACCACUCCCAUAGAGAUGUGGGUCAAAGCCUUUGCUCCUGUCCUUGCUCCAAUAUUCUCUUGUUUAAUGGACAAGGUCGCAAAAGGCUCUGUAGCUACGCACUGGUUAUGUCGUCUGGUCUCGAGACAUCAGCGCUCAAGCUGUACAAGUAGCCCCUUCAUAAUUGGCCAUAUGUGAUGGUUACCAGACUUGAGAAAGAUAUGGUAUAGAGAAUUUCGCGUCCAGUAAGGGUGGGGGUUCUCGAUAUUUUGCCAGAAGGCAUUUUUAAGCACAGCCCAUUGUCCUAUGAUCUUAUCGCAUACUCUGCUCUGGCGUAGCUCACAAGGCGCCAGGCCGGGCGUAUCUGACAUUCUUCAUGUGGCGGGCAGACGAGCUACUCAUCAUGUCGAGAACUUGUGUCGUUACUCAGGCAGCUAAUCGUUCGAAAUUUAUUUGCAGAUCUUUUGAUGGAAAAGCUGAGCAAGAACCAUGACUUAACAAAAAUUAAAGCCAUUGGUGGCGCUGCUCAGCAAGCACUCGUCUGGUGGAAAUCACACCCCAACUCUCCUUUACAGAAUCUUGAUCCCCGCCUUCCCAUACACGUCCAAGUGACCUCCCAAUUCCUCUCGAUACCCAACUCCGCCGUCGCACAAGAUACUUCUGCCCAUACUCACGCACUCGCCCUCGAGGCUGCUCUCGGCGGCCCGGACCACAUGGCAGCCCGUGUAGGCACAUGUGCUCAUGCUUCACUAAUUGCUGCUCAGCUCCUCCGAGUACGCGAAGCCUGGCCUGAUAUUUGGUCUCGCACAGGUCGGGUUCAGGUAGCGAGCUCUUUCCUAGCGAGUCUCCUUUGCGGUGGGUAUGUCAGCAUGGGUGAGGCCGAGGCUUGUGCGACAGGUCUUUGGUCACAUGUGAGUGCAACCGGCGCUGCCUCCGGUACGCCAAGUCACUGGGAUGAAGGCGUCCUAGAAAUCGUUGGCGGUAACCGAGAGGAAGGCCGGAGAAUAUACAACUGGCUAGGCGACGUUGACAUUUCUGGUGGUCGACGACGUUUAGGUACCGUUUCACGCUACCUCAUAGACCGUUAUGGGUUCGACCCAGAUACAAUCGUCACACCGUUCACUUCUGACUACCUUUCUACGUAUCUCUCACUGUGUCCUUCCCCGUCCGAUGCUGUCCUUUCCUUCGGUCCUAUGGAUGUCCUGAUGACACCUGCUCCUCACUUCCUUCCCACUCGUCUAUUUCAUAUCUUCCCGCAUCCCGCUCAAGACUCUUCUGAGAAGCGACGUUAUGUCGCUAUGCUCACUAGUAGGAAUGCCGAUGUUCCACGUGCACUCGUACGAGACAUGUAUACCAAGAGCUGGAGCGCCUUCGACCGGCUAGUAGCUAUUGUCCCCCCUGGCGGAUCAAUUGGUCUCGAUGAUAAACUCUUCAGUUUCUGGCUUCUUCAGAGCGAUAGCCACCCUCUAGGUCACGUCAAAGGUAUUUUCCGAUUCGAGACUGGCGUGAAGGUCAACGAAUUCCGUGAUCUCCGUGCUAAUCCACGGUGUCUCUUGGAAAGUCAGAUUCUCUCUUUCCGCGCAAGGUGGUCCCGCAUGAUUGCAACAGGCGUACUUGGUCCCAACGCCGGUCGCAGUCGAAACGCGAGCACAACACCCAGUCCCAUCUCCAAUCAAGCCAAACGGCCUUCCUCUACUGCACAUAACAUGGGCCUUCCUUUCGAUCCGUACGACUACAACCCCCUUCCCUCUCGUGUUCUCGCCACAGGCGCUGCUGCAAACUUCCCUUCUAUUGCUAACCUUGUCGGCGAUAUUUUCAAUGCUCCUGCACUCGUUCCCACUACCCAAAUUGACGCCGCACAAAUCGUACCACACCGUAAUGCGCCUCCUCCCGGUUUUCCUGCUCGUGCCACUCUGGGCGGAGCGUAUGUAGCUCGUUGGGUGUGGGGAAAGGAGAAGGGGACAUCGGCCGGUACCGGUCGGGGUGGAUUCGAGGAGGAGGUCCGAAGGCUGCUUGCCAAGCGCUGGGCUACCGCUGGUGGUGCCCCUUUGAGAACCAAUAUCAAUGCACCCGGCAUCACGAGCAAGACCGCAAGUGCAGCUGGCAGUGGUACGAGCACACCCUAUGGUGGUCGCUCAGGACUAGGAGCCAACGUUCUUGUGGAGGUCGACGAAGAAGAGGUAGAGGAACUGGACAGUAUCCGUCAGACAAACUACGGGCUGGGAAUUGGAAAUGCAUUUGGUGACGGCCUUUCUGGAGCAUCAAGACUGCGAACUAUUACUGGCUCGACGAUGGACUCCGUGUUGAGCGGAAGCACCCUGGGCGAUACCCCUUCUACUGCUUUCACCACCCCUGACCUUGGUUCUAUGACAAGUCCAAACCCGGCAGGCACAGGGGAUACAAGCACCGCCACGCCACCACAAUCAACUACAACUCUUACCCCUGUAACAGCGAUGCUCACUUCCGAUGCGGAGCUCCAAAUGGGCCUUGCCAAGGUCGCGGACCCGGACGUCGAUGCAUUCAUGUCGUACGCUGCGAUUGUUCCAGAAUAUUGCAGACUCGAGGGGAUGUUAGUGAAAGGGCUGGUAUAAUGGCAGUCCGAGUUUGUUCGUACCGUUGAUCUUCUCCUUUUACUCGGUUGGGCUGUAGGUGUUGUCAGGAGACAAGCUUUCAAGCUGCAGCAUUCAAAAGUUUCACAGCAUUAUCAGCAGUUGGACUAGAGAAUCCCUGUAUGCCUAGUAUUGACUUUUUGCAUAUGUGAUGGAGAUGAAGCUUUGUAUACCCUCCUCCAAUGCUUUGGUAGUUAUAGAUGCUUUCUUCAUAAUCGUCGGUGUCCAAUGCAAUUUACACUAUAUAUAGCACUGAGCUAGUCGCAUUACGGUUAGUAUGUCGGACAAGCGCCUACCAUAACAUCUCUAAUUCAACCACAACCAUGUUGACAUCUUUCGGCGACCCC